AUGUUGAACAGAGAACAGCGUAUUAAGCAGCUUGCUAAAAUUAUUGGAACAAAGUACAAAGCUCUCAAAAGAAUGCAGAGUGAUCAACAAGAACAUCUCGAAACAAUUUUCACACCUAUAACUGAACCUCUUACAGAAAUAAACAAUUUUCUAAAAACUACACAUCAAUCGGAAAAUCAUGAAGACACUAGCGAACAUCAAAACAAUCAUCUGAACAAUACACAGCAGAAGGAUGAAGAGAGCUCCGAUGAAGAACACCUUCAAAAAUAUUGGCAUCAUUCGCCAGAUAUCGACCGAAGUUAUGGGCCACAGUAUGUUUGGAAAACUGAUAAAUGGGUAAUGGGUGAUAAGGAAAUAAAAUUUACUCCUAAAAAUAUAUGGGUUAAUAAUAAUCAGUAUAAAGCUACUAAUGGAUUAUAUAAUUUAAUAUUUUACAAGGAACCGCAAGACUUUACGCCAAACGAUUGCAUUAACUAUAAAAAAAUAUUAGAAGUCACAGGUAUUCAUCGAGAUUCCCGAGGAUAUUUGAGACAUCAAGCAUUCCCAGACAAGUUCAAGAAAAUUAUCAAACCCAUAUUUAAAAUGAAUCCUGCUAAAGAACAAAAGUUAUUACUCUGGUUUGACGAAAUUGACGAUGAUGUAAAUGAAGAUAAAUCAGAAUCUGAACCAUACAGUGAUGAUGGAGAAUGCAGUUAUAGUGAAAAUUAUGUACCCGGUUCAUCCAAUUUAUUAAAUGAGAGUGUGUCUGGAAGUGAUGAGAUCCUAGAAGAUCACGACGAAAACCCCGAAGAGAAUGGUGAGCAAAUCUUAAAUUUCAUAAAAAAUCGUACGGACGGAGAAACCCCUGGAAGUGGAGUGAAUAAAUUAAUAAAAGUAAUGGGACCUCCGGCAUAG